UCUGUCAAGCAAAGAUCAGCACUUGAAUCUUCCUUUGGAAUAAGUAACCUUGAUUCCCAGUUAUUUAUGUCUGCCAAUGAAAGAAAAUUUGUUAACCAGCUUGAAGAAGAGGUGGAGAAAAUCCGGAAACUGCAUGAAGCAAAGACAAGACAUCUGGAGUCUCUUCUUUAUUCAACAAGAGAUGAACUUGAAGACUACCAGAGGCAGUUAUCAGAGCUGCAAGCAAAAUUAAGAGCUCAAAAAGUAUUAGAGGAUCAGAGAGGUCAACCAGCCUUGUGCGUCAAAUGUGGUCAUCAUUCUGCCGUUUUGUCCAAUACACACAGUGAAGCAGCCAUAGACACAAUCAAUCAACUGACAAAAGAGAGGGAUGAUUUGAUGAACAUGUUGACAGGGCAGAAAGCCGUCUUAGCUGAGGUUCGCCAGCGGGAGUUUGAAGCUUACAACCAAGUGAAAAAGAGCUGUAAUAUGGUGGAACAGGCUCAGCUAGAAAAGGCAGAGGCCAUCAUUCAUGUUCGCCAGCUCCGAGAAGAUUUGCGGAAAGAACGAGAGCGACACGAAACCAGCAUGAGAAUGUUCAGCGAAAAAAUGGACAUGGAGAGGAAAAAGGUGCAAGAAGCAUGUCGGGAGGAAGUCAGUGGUCUUGUUAAACAGAUAGAAUCUUCAAGAGAGGCUCGGUCAGCGCUGGAGAACCAACUAGAACGGCUAACACGCGAAAAGGUCGACCUGAUGGCAGAGCUGGAACAAGCAAACAGCCAAAUCCUGGCGAAUGUAUCUGAAAUUUCUAAGGCUAAUGAGACUAUGGAGAAAGAACUUGAACAAACACAAAUCAGAUUGUCAACUGCUUCACAAGAAUUGCACUCAGUCAAAGCAACUGCUCAGCAAGCGCAGAGGGAAAGAGAGCAGGAGAGAACACGGCUGACAAGUGAAAUGGAUGAACUUAGACGGCGUCUCCAAGAAGCUGAACACUCGUGGAUGGAAUGUAAAGAGGACUGCAUCAGAUUUACUGAAAGACUCAAUACUGCAGAGCGAGAAGCUAAAGGUGCCAUAGCUGCGAAAGAGAAGCUGGAGAAAACCAGGGCGGAAGAUUUCGAACAACUCCGAAAACAAAGCGGACAGAGAGAUGAGCAACUCACCACGCUCUUACAAGAGACAGAAACAAGGCACACUCAGUGUAGAACUGAAUUGCAGCAGAUGCUUGAGGCUGAGAUUCAGGUGUGCAACAAAAUGAAAGAAGAGUGCAAGAGACUCACUCAGCAGUUGGAAGAUUCCGCUGAGAAAUCAAGGUAGGUGCAAGAUGCAAACAAGGAAUGCAGUAAAUUGAAGAAGAAACUUGACGAAUCUGUGGCACAGAGGCGGACUUUAGAGGAACAAAACACGAAAAAAGACAAACGUCUACAUGAAUUGCAGUCUCGUCUCAAACAGAACGACGAGAACGCUCGCAAGCAAGUAGAUCAGACGUGUCAGUUGCUUGCCACACGAAAUAACUUGAUGAAGGAACGAAAAUUUUUAUGUCAAGAAAUCGAAUUCUUGAGAAAGCAGUUGAUCGCGAAGAUACCCUCUGAACCUGUGACACCCUUUAUGGAGACUGCCAGUAACUCAAGUGCUGAAGAUCCUGGUCGCAUGACCGAAGAAAAAUAGCGUGACACUUGAUGUGUGGCAUCCAUCGAUCUGCUAUGAACCCUGUUCACAGAUUUAUGCCCAGAGACGAAUUGA